AUGACAGUAUCCGACGAUGCUAAGCCCUCGAGCUUUGCGAAAUCUUUCAAUGGACCUCCUCUGCGACCAGUGCCCCCACUUCCAAAAAAUGUUCAACGGCAACUUUAUCGAAAACAAAGAAGCGCAGUGACUUUGGAGGAGAUCGAUGGAGUUGUGUCCCCUCGAAGUUUCGAGGCCUUUUUAGAAUGGUUGUACCGUGGCAGAGUGUCUAGUGAUCCUCCAGAAGACGCGGGAGACAAAAUUACAAGGGUGUUGGAAUUCUGCAGAAUCGUCGAUAUGUUUGAUGUUCAUGGCAUGGAAGAAGACAUCUCAGUCAGUUUAAGACCGCGGUUGGGCCAAAAAACCGGUCUGAUAUUUUUAUCCCGAAAUACGUCCAGCCAGCCAGCUUCUUACCCUCGGGGCUAA